UAUGCGAGUUGGAUUUUUUAACGUUUAUUAUUUGUGUUUUUCUAUACAAUAAUAAUAACACUCUUUAUUAUCACAGCGCAUUCUAUCGUUAUCUGUCUCAUUUCUCAAAUAACAGCCAACAAUAUGUCGACAUCAGAAGAAGCUGACAUCGAGAGAUACCUUAAAGAAAGUGUCAAGAGUUAUAAAGAAUGCUCCGUAAAAAACUCUGCAAGACGGAACUCGCUACAGAAAAAAACUCUGGGAAUAGAAUCUGAGCGUCGAUUAGCCAAUAGCAAACUGUCGCGGGAGGAACGCCUGGUGAAGGACCAGCUGCGACAUAUGAACAUGGAAAAGGCUAAAAACCAUCUUGUCAACAAUCUUAGAGACGCCCAUGAACAAGAGCAUCACCGAAAGACCAGUCGAGAGGAGAAGAAGCACCACGAACUUCCGAUCCCUGUGGAGCCGUAUCCGAUAACCUUCCGUGAGACGCCCAGGUCACCGGAACAAGAUAGAAGACACCAGGAAUCAGGUAAAGCAUAUGCAGCCAAUGGUCGUCGUCGGCAGUCCCGUGAAUUCGAGGACCUUAGCUUGAACACGAGCCCCAAAGGACCGCUUUUCAACAUCAAAGAAGUACGCGAGGAGGAAAGUCGACGUCGACGCACGUAUUCGAUGUCGGCUGCCCAUCAGAUAAUGGCGCGAAAACACCUGAGCUUGUCUCGUCAUGCCGGCAAAUUUAUCACUCCGUCCGGCUCCCCUCAGUUACUCAGGACGCGGAAAAUUUCAACCGGCAGUAAAACGGGUGGUAACUCCUCCGGCUCGUCGAAGGAAAGUCUCAAUGACAGUAAGGAAAGAAUUCACUCCCUUAAUGACCUUCAUUGGAUCGGUGAACCGGAAGCAAUUAAUUCCAUCCGAAGACCACGCCUAACGGUAGAUCAGCAGGAGUUGGAAUCGGAAAUGCACAAACUUAGGGUGACUUAGACAAUAUAGAAUUAUCAACCCUAAAACUGUAUGAUACACUACACAGUUCUAAGUAUCUAUUAUUGUUGCAUAUUUCUGUGUUUAUUUUAUCAAUAAACGCUCGAAUGACGGGCAAGUUUUGAACGGGAGUCAAGGCCGGCGAAAAGAUUCAUAACGCAGAUUGACAGUACAUUUCAAUUUCAGUGGCUAUUAUUCUUAGAAAAUAAAGCAUGGGACACUAAGUAAAACGGAUGUUGCGGACUAUUGUUAACUUAUGAUGCGUGCUUAAAGUACGUGACAUCAUGUACUUGCAUUGUCUUGUAAUUACUUACACAUACAUACACUCCGACAGACUUCUCAAAUCCACUUGAAUUUUGAUGAAACUUAUUAAAAUCAAGUUCAAAAUGAUAAAAUGUGCAACAGGGGUUAAACAACAGCUUUAAUAAACAGCAAGUUGCGGAAA